AUGUGUGAAAAAACUAGAAUAUAGAUCUUUUAGAAAUAUAUGUAGUAUAUUUUAUUAUAGAUAUAUUGUUUCUUUCUAACAAAUAGAAUAGAAAUCAUAUAUUUCAUAGUAAUAGUGACAGUUACAUACAAUUGAUAUGAAAUGUUUGGUUUAUAGUUUGAUUUUUAAAUCUAGUUCGAACAAUAUUUUUCUCAUAGUUUUUUUUUUUUAAACAAGUUUCAUUUCAUAACUUUAGAGUUGAUACAUUAGGAGAGAGUUUGUUUGGCCAUAUAUUUAGCUCUAUCAUUAGCUGAUCUAAGAAUAUACUUAAACUGAAUAAAGAUAAACAUAGAGGAAAGGAGAUAAAUGUCGUUAAGAAUUCUUGGGAUCUCUAGGUUUCUUCCCCUCGAAUUUACCAGUUUUAUGAGAAUUUGUGAGUCGGAAAAGAUACAUAGAGCGGUAAUCCUACGGCUGAGGGCAGAGAUCAUGGCAGUGCACAUCACCAAAAUUUACGUAAUAAAGGGCGACGCCACAAAGGGAAAGGUCGCUGAAUGAGAGGUUGUUGCUCCCGCAUCAUCGAUGACCCAACCAUAGCAUGCGCAUUUCUCUUAUAGUUUUUUAUGUUUUUUAUCAACGAUUACUAUGUAAUAAUUAUUCUCGUACAUAAAAAUUUAAGAAGAUAAUAUAGUGUGAGAUACCAAGUGUAAAAAGCGAGAAAGUCAAACUUAGAAUCGACAACAAAUCAGCAAUUGCUCUAAUUAAGAAUAAACCAAUUUUCUUAUAGUCAAUAUAAUCUAUUUAAACAAACUGAGUGACAUCUUGAUCAAAGCAUCUAUCUUUGUGAUAAUGCCCUUAAAGACCAUUGCUUGAUCAGCAAAAAAAUGUGUUCACGGUACGUAAUGAAGGUUCUUGAUCGUUUCCAAAUUGUGGAGAUAGCGCACUCUUUUGAUCGUCAUGGAUUUUUGUUAUCUGGCUUUUACACAUGUAAUACAUACUUUCUUAAGAUUCAAUCAUAUGCUCUGGAAUGAUUUAUAACUAAAAUUUGAUGUCAUAAAGUAAAAAUUCAAGUCAUGUAUCUGAUCUCUUUCAAUGAUCAAGCUAUGAACGUAAGAAAACAAUUUAAUGCAGUAUGUGAGUUUAAUAAAAGUCUAAACAAACACUACACAUCUUUUUGCUGCACAGUGUACGCUGUAAAGUUUUGUUUCUCUCUUCCUCAGACGAUUUGGUUUGUCCGAAAACAAAUUCAUCAAAUCUUUGAUAAACUGGUUUGGAUCCAUUGGAUGGUAGGAGAUAUGGCAGAUCAUGCUAUUUUUAAUGCCUUUUUUUUUGAACAAACUAUUUUUAAUGCCUUUAUACACACGUUUCCUUUACUCUAUAAUGUCAAACUGUUUUAAAUUUAUAUUUUCACUUAAUUAGCAAAAUUUCUUUGUUAUUCUCGGAAGGUAGGUGUUCUGUGUUGUAGUCGUUCAAAAAAAAAAGGUGUUCUGUGUUGUGUUUGAUUACAUCUACUCCACAAAGUUAAAGCUAAAAGAAUUGGAGACUUAAUGUUCAAAAAAAAAUCGGAGACUGAUUAGCAGAUCAAUUAUAUCUAUCUUAUUAAAAUUCAAGUACAAAUUAGGUUUGUUUGGAAACAUAGCAAUGUUUUAAAACAUAGAUCGUAGUUUUAAAGAAAAAAGUUUGUUUGAAAACAUGAAUUGCAGUUUUAAAAAGAAGGUUUGUAUGGAAACAUAUAUUGUAGUUUUAAAAAAUAUGUUUAUUUGAAAACAUGGAUAGUUGUAUAUUAAGAAAAAAAAAGUAAUGGAUUUAUAUUUUUAAGAAAAUUUGGAAGUCCAUUAUAUUAUGAGAAACUCUCUAUCUGGUCCUAAUUGGGUUCGGUUCAGGUCUGUUUAGAUUUCGGAUUUCCGGGGUCAAAGAUUUCAGCCUCAUUCGAAUAUUUCUAAAUUUCAGUUCAGGUUCGCUUCGGAUUUUUGCGGGUUCCGUUCGAGUUCGGAUAACCCAUUUAAAUUACCUUAUUUUAAAAUUCAUUAUAUAUUUGUAUACUUUAAAUUUCUCAAAAACUAUAAAAAAUAAUAUAUUAAAUAUAAAUUUGAAUAACAUAUGUCAGAAUACCUAAACUUAACAUAUAAAUUAUUUUAGUUCAAAUAUUUGGAUAGAGAAUCAAUAAUUAUUUUAAGUAUUUUGGUAUUUUAAGUAUACUUUUAAUAUUUUAUAUAUUUACUAUUGAUUAUUUGUACAUAUUUUCAAGUAUUUAAACCAGCUUAAAAGUAUCAUAUAUAUUUUAGAUGUUUUUAUAUAUAUUAAAUCUAAAAAUAAUUAAUAUAUAUAAGUAUAUUAAUCUAUUUUGGAUACAUUUGCGUAUCCGGAAUACUUUGGUUUGUUUCGGUUCUCGAAAAACCAAAAUUUUGAAUAAUUCGGAUAUUUAAUCAAUUUUGGUUUGGGUUUGAUACUACUUUUUCGGAUCGAGAUCGAGAUCGGUUCGGUUCUUCAGAUUCGGAUAUUUUUCCUAGUCCUUAGAUUAUUGACAUGAAAAAAUAAUAUAAGCAUAUUUUUGAAAAAUACAUCCACGCGCCCGCGCGGAUCAAAGUUUAGUGUAUAUUUAUUUUAGACAAAUUACUCAAAAAUGAUUGUUCAGUUUAUUUGAGGAAAAUAGAUUUGCGGAUCAUUAAUCUACUAAUAAAAACAGUACUUUGUUCUAUUUCAUUUAGUCAAUUACUAAUUGCUCUCGAAAAAUAAAACACAACGGUACCUUUUCUGUUAUUUCCUUUUUCUUUAGGAUUUGUUUUUGUGUAAAUUGAAAAAAGGAAAAUAAAAGAAGAAACUUGGGACCGAAGACAUUCAGUUACUGAUCUUAUGACAUAUACGCGUUAGUAGCUUUAUUAUAUUUGUCGAAACUUCACCAAAGCUAUUAUUACCAGCUCUCAGAUUUCCCCUAAGCUCUCAUCUUUCUAUUGCAAUGGCGGGGCCAGAGUUGUACUUCGAGAAGUUUCUGGGAAAAGGCUCUUUCGGUGUUGUGAGUCUCUACAAGUACAAAAGACGUCACGACGGCAAGACCCUUUACGCAGCCGCAAAAACCUCCGACCAUAAACACGCCGAGUCUCUCUACAUUGAGUUUCAGAUCUUGUCUGAACUCAAAGGAUGUCCGAGAAUCGUCCAGUGUUACGGGACCGAAGUGCUAGAGAGACGUAACGAAGAAGGUUGCUUGGAGUACAAGAUUCACAUGGAAUACGCACCUGGAGGAAGCUUGAAGAGUUUCUCUAACCAAUUCCAAGACAAGAAGCUGCCUGAUGCUUUAGUCCGAGAUUUCACUCGUAUGCUUCUAGAAGGCUUAGCCACCAUCCACGGACGCGGGUACGUUCACUGCGAUCUCAAACCAGCAAACAUCCUCGUCUUCCCCAGUUAUAUCAACAAGAACGGUGCGUGGAGAUCGUCUCACGAGUUGAAGAUUUCGGAUUUCGGGUUGACGAGAAGAGAUGGAGACAACACCUGGUGGCAACCUCAUCAUCCCUUUGCCGGAACAGCGAUCUACAUGUCUCCCGAAUCGAUUUCUCACGGAGAGACAAGGAAGGGACUUGACUUGUGGUCUUUGGGAUGUAUUGUACUAGAGAUGUACACGGGACAAAGACCGUGGUGGCAUACAGACUACAAACUGAACGAUCUCAAGAACUGCCACGGGCCUUUGAUUCCAAGAGAUCUUCCUUUUGACGCAAAACUCUUUCUGAUGACAUGCUUCUCUCCCGAGGCAGAUGAUAGAAAAGACGCGUCGACUUUGGUGAAUCAUAUCUUCUUGCGUGGAGAUGUUGUUAGUAAGAUCACAGAGUCGUCUCCUAUGAGUGCCAAGACUGGUAGUAACCCGAGGAAUAUCAGUCUGGAGUUGGAGAAACUUAGACAGAGGCUUUCGGAUAUGAGGUCUAUUUUUGUAUAGACUCGUGGAAGUGAAGAGUCAAUGCGUAGGUAGCAAGACCAUGUCGUUAUUGUUCAGCUCAACUUUGAAUUUUUUUCAUUAGUAGAAUUAUGUAACAGUUUUUUUGGUAUAUCACUGAAUUUCAAGGUAUUGUUGUCCAUGUGUUAUGUACGACUUUGUAUUAUUAAGAAAAUCAAUGGAAAUCACAUUGACAAGUUCUAUUACUGAACCUUUUUUUUUGUUCAAGUUUCUAUUACUGAACUUUUUUUUUUGUUCAAGUUUCUACUACUGAACUUUAUGUGAACAACUUGCAAUAGUUUCUCUGCUAUAAUCUUGGUUAAGUAAAAACAUUGAACUCUUUUAGUGAUAUAUCAUAGCUCAGGCCUUCCU